AUGAUUCAUGGUCCCAACUCUUAAUUUUCUGGUGCAUUCACGAUAGGCAAAAGAUAUGAAUGUGCAAUAUAUUAAACCAAUCCAAAUCCUGGACCAAAUCAUUAUUCAGUCAAUCUCUUGGACAAGCCUUUGGGGUAUAAAUUUACAAAGUCUAAGCGGAAACCUCUCUAUUAAGCUACUGCAGCUCCAGAUCCUGGGGUUUAUGAGAAUAAAAUUCAGGCAAUUAUUAGCAUAACUUAUUAGGCAAUCUUACCUCACUCUUCCUCGGUUGCAUUCACUAAAGCAAAAGAGACUUCUCCCAAACAGACUGAGAUAGGUCCAGGGUCAUAUAAUUUAGCUGUUUAAAAAAAAGCACCUGCAUUUACUUUUUAAAGUCGAUUUGAUUCAAUAGGGAAUGAGAUUAUGAAAACGCCAGGUCCUGGAAAUUAUGAGAUGGAGCAUAACCAUAUUUUGAAGCCCAAAAAUAAAGGGUUUUCGACUAGUUAAAGAACUAAUAUGCUCUUAUCUAAUCAUCCAGGUCCUGGUUCUUAUGAAGUGGAAAAGCCUCAGUUUCUAACAAAUGUUAAGUUUCCGAAAUCAUAACGUAGCAUGAAUUGGAGUCAGAUGGGACCAGGUCCAGGAGCAUUUGAUCUUAAUCUGCCUAAACAUUAAGGAAUUACAUUUGGAAGCAAAACUAAUUAAUCAAUAGAUAGAUCGAAUGUUCCAGGGCCAGGUAGUUACGAUGCAGAAGUUGUGGAGGGAAAGUUUAAGAGAAUGAAAGGAGCUAAAAUAGGAAAAUCCGAAAGAGGUAGUCUAACUUACUCAAAGCUUGGUCCCUCUCCACUUGAUUAUGAUGUAACUAAUUAUAAGUAUCCAACGAGACAUGCGAGUUUCAAUAAGGCCAUUAGACCAUCAAUGAUAUCCACAGAGCGAACUCCAGGACCUGGAACAUAUACAAUAGACAUGAAAUUCAAAAAGGGUGGUCCUAUAAUCCCAAAGGCCUCCAAGGAUUAAAUCAAUCUAUCAAAUUUACCAGGGCCUGGAAAGUACAAUCCCAAUGAUUCGAUGACUUCUAACAAAGGACCGAGUUAUCAUAUUGCUAAGAAAUACGAAAAACCUCAAGAGUCUAGUUUGAUAGGGCCUGGUAGAUAUAACAUUCCAAGAGAUAUUACUGAUGGACCCAAAUACACAUUUCCCACUCUUGAGAAGAGUAUGGAGAAGAAGUCAAUAGAUUUAAAUCAAUCACAUUGCUAUGAUAUCAAAUAAACCAUUGGGUAUAUACCUUAGUAUGUUCUUCAGAAUUGA